AUGAAUAGACAGAGUAAUAACUUUAUACCUGUAAUAGACAUUGCAAGUUCAUCCUACGAUUUCUUCAGAAGCUCUCAGUUGCCGGAAGAAAGAUUAAACAGAAGUGUCGUUGAAUUGUUGCUUCACUUGGAUGAAACGAGGCUAGAAGGGUCUGAGCCAGGGCAUCAAGACAACUCAAGCUCACUAGAGUCGGAGGAUAACGAACCCGAUUCAAAUUUCACCACAGCUUUACAAGCGUCAUGGUCUACAGCAGCACCCAUCAGAUUUUUCAGCUUUGCUGAUCAGGUGGAAGCCGCUAUAGUCCAUUCUCCUGUAGUCCAGGGUCCUGAAGUCCAACCCAACAACUUCCACAAUUGGUUAAUAAGCACCGUUAUUCUUGAUGAUUUGAGUUACAGAGAACCUUUCAUGAACUCCGCUCGAGAUGCUAAUCAAUUAACAGAUCAAGAUUUGUUUCUCCGCGGUCUCAGCCUUUAUGAAAACGCAGACCUGAUGGGGCCCAGAGAGUUGGUGGAUCUGCCGUUCCUCCCAUGCGCCAUGCGUACUGGAGACACAUUGCUGGACAUUCCUUUCGUGGAUCCUCUGCUGAUAGUCAUCUGGUGCCUCCACAUCGAGGACGUCCACUGGAUGCUCAACGUGCUGCCAUGGAGGGUGGUGGAUCGACCUAUCAGAACCGGCCGCAGUAUCCUUGCUUGGAUAAUCGGCAUCCCAAGCGUCCACGAAUUCCUGGAAGAGACCAGAGCUCCUCUCUCCAUAGUCUUCAAGCUGAUCCAUUUCUUAGACAUGUAUCAUGAAUCAUUAAAUCAUCAAGCUUAG